AUGAAUGUUAGAGUCCUUCUUUGUGAUUUAUUGAUCGGGACACAUCUUUCAAAAACUGAAUACUCGGAAGAAGAAACAAUGUCUUUCCAAGAUGAUUCGUAUUUACAUCUUUUAUUUUCAAAAUUAUGUUGUAAAAUGAGAAGGAAAUUUAUUCAAUAUUUACCUCUCACUUCGUUUGAACUCAUUCCGAAUGUAUCGCGAGAAUUGUUGCAAGGAAUUUACAGUACUUUGAAAACAGAAAAACCCUCCUUCGUGCAGAGUCAUUUAUUGGGAGUAUUAUUUGCUAAUGAAAAAAUCAAAUGUCAAAAUGAUAUUAUUUCAGCAACAACAAUUGCAUUGACACCACGAAUUCUUCCUCUUUGCACAAAUCACGUCAUUGUAAAUGCAACACCUAACAGUGGAAAAACAACUGCUUGGAUCAUUUACUUGUUACAACAAUUAUCAAUUUGGGUGAAUAAUGAAAAUCCAACACCAGAAUCAUCAAUAUUGAAACAUCCACAUGCUAUAAUAUUAUGUCGUCGAAAUGAAACAGUUUAUCGAGAGGCAAGUAAACUCCAACGAUUGGGCGAAUUUAUGAAUUUUGUAAUUUUUCGAAGCUAUAAUGCCUCAAUAGAUGAGUACAUGGAUGUUGUUUUGAAAAAUCGUCCAAUAAUCAUAGUUGGAACACCAUCAAAUGUAUUACAUUUAAUGAAAAGACGUGUGUUUCAUUUGAGAUUUGUUAAAUAUUUGAUACUUGAAGAAUUGGAAGAUGUAAUGGAGCAUGUUCAUGUUUCAAGGCAAUUAUUUGAAAUUAUUUCGUUAGUGGAACGAUCGUCGUGUAGAAUUAUUGGUGAAACUCAUUCAAUGAAACGUCACGAGGUGAGGCAAUCACCAAUAAUAUCGAUGAUUGCCAAUCAAUUAAAACCAACUUUGGUUUUAAAUAUUUGCAAACAAACCCAGAAGUGCUUGGGAAUUGUUAGUCCGUCUCUUCUCGAGAAUAAAGUGACACUUGAGUUGCUGGAAAGUGAGCAUGCAACCAUGAAUUCCAAUAAAUAA